AUGGAACAAAACUUGACUCUAACUCCGACCGAUGAAGCAUUGUUGAAAGAUCCAACAAAAUACAGGUGGUUAGUUUGUAGACUGAUUUAUCUCACCGUUACUAGACUAGACAUUGUUUAUCCCGUCCGAACUCUGAGUCAAUUUAUGCAUGAACCACGAGUACCACACUGGGAUGCAGCUAUGCGAAUUCUUUGGUACAUUAAAGGCACCCCUGGUCAAGGUAUGUUAUUUUUGGGCAACAACAAUCUUGAUUUGAGAGUUUUUUGUGACUCAAAUUGGGAUCGAUAUCGUACUACAAGAAGAUCAGUUACAGGAUAUUACAUUUUUCUAGGAAAUUCACUCAUCUCAUGGAAAUCUAAGAAGCAAGCUAAUGUGUCUAGAUUGUCUUCUGAAGCAGAGUACCAUGCCGUGGCAAACACUUGCUUGGAACUAACUUAG